AUGCAGCCGGCGGAGGUCACCCUUCCAACAGGGGAAACCCGUCUGCUCAUCAGGGAUCACCACCUCAAGGUCAACUUCCUACUCGACUCUGGAUCCAUAGUGUCAAUCCUGCCCCGGCCGCCAAAUUUCAGCCAGGCCCAACAGGAGGCAUUGACCCUGUAUGCGGCCAACCAUUCGCCCGUAUACAAUUACGGCAGCCGGAAGGUCAACCUCAACCUAGGCCUACGUCGCGACUUCCAAUGGGAGUUCAUCAUCGCCGACGUCGCCCAGGCUAUUAUCGGAGCCGACUGCCUAGCAGAACACGGUCUGCUCCCAGACCUCAAAUCCAAGCGGCUUAUCGACCCGAUCACAGGUUUGGCUGUCCUGUGCGACACCAACCUGUACUCGAUUGCGACAAUCGAGGAACUGGGACCAGACGAUCCUAAAGUCACCAAUCUCUACUCGUCUUUACUGCACAAGUUUUCCGACGUUUUCCGAUUAGCAGUGGCCAAAGCUGAUAUCGCCGAGCUCCAAGACCAAGGGGUCGUCAGGCCAUCCAGCAGCCAGUGGGCUAGUCCACUGCACUUCGUGCCCAAGGCCAACAAUUCCUGGCGCGUCACCGGCGACUAUCGCGGCCUCAACAGCAUCACAGUACCAGACAGGUAA